AUGAUGGCUACGUUGCGUACCGGCAGCGGGCUGCCCUUCAAGGAGGAGCCGAUGGAUGAGGAGGUGCUGAUUGAUGAGCCAGGCCCGUCCGCUACAGUACCAUGCCUCGUUUGUGGCCGAAUGACGAACACGGGCCAGCACUACGGUGUUCAGAGCUGUCUCGGGUGCAAGACGUUCUUUCGCAGGGUCGUCAUCAAAGGCAAUCAGCCCAAGUGCAAGUAUGACGGGAACUGCAAGCUGGUCAAAGGCUACAACCAGAAGCGAAUUUGCCGAUCUUGCCGCCUACAACGAUGCCUGGAUAUCGGCAUGACCGAAAAGGCACUACAUCCCUGUCGAGACGCGAUCGGAAAGCGGAGACGUUCUCCCGAUGAGGCGCGCAGUCGGAGUGGCUCGGAAUCGGAGGAGGGGCCGCCUGGGGCAUCGCCUGAUAGCUCGGCACCAUCAGCGGCUGGCUACAGUCCGGAUGCAAACCAGACGCAACGCGCAGCCGCAGCACUUUCUCUGUUGAAUGCGGUCCGAGAUGGGGAUAUCGUGAUGCGAAGUCGAUUGUCGGUGGCGCAUGGUCAUACACCGGCCGAUGAUCCUGAGCAUUUUUAUGCGAUUCCGCCGGCCGAGGUCCUCCUCUCCCGUCUUUCCCUUAAUGCAUCAAUCGGGGAUGCCCUCCGAGCGGACCUGAUCCUGAUCCGGGAAUGGGUGGAGCGUCUCGUACCGCUUGCAACGCUGGGAGCGGAAUCUCAGAGAGGGCUCAUAUCACAGUUUUCCCUGAAGCAUACCAUCCUGGAGCACGGCUUGUUGACGCAGCGGAUCCCGUUCUUCCAGAACGUCUGGUUCUACGGCGAUUUGUCCUGCUAUCUCACCAACCUCGAAUCGAUCCCGGAACCGAUCCGUGCCCUCGUCACCCCGCCAAUCCAAGCGCAUCACAGCCUGCUGCAACCGCUCUUCCGCUGGCUCCGCGAGGAGAUAGUGACCUCCCUGGAUAGGUUGAAGCCGUCAACAACCGAGGUCGCCGCCAUCAAGCUGAUCAGCUUGCUGUCACGCGAGGGCACCGCCCUGGAACCCACGGAGCUGCAAACCGUCGAACGGCUUCGCGAUGAGGUCCUUCUCGGUCUGCACCAACAUUACGUUGCCACCCAGCAUCCAUCAAUCCCGCAACGAAUCGGCGAGCUGUUGAUGUUCUGCGGCACGUUGUCGCUGGCCUCUCACCGUGGCCGCGAGCAGCUCCGGAUGCUCCAAUUCUUCGAUCGCGGCGGCUUCGACCCGCAGAGCUACGACCAACUGUUCCCUCGGCUCCCA